AUGUCCCUUGAAAAAGAAUUGGGAAAUGUAUUAAAAUCUAAACCAUCCAUGAAAGGAAUGAAAAAUAUGGAGGAAAACACUGAUCCUGCUGCGCAGCCUCUUAUUUGGGUUAGUAAAUGGGUGGACUUUUCCAAUAAAUAUGGAUUUGGAUAUGAGUUGUUUGAUGAUUGUGUUGGUGUUAUGUUCAAUGAUUUUACCAGAAUAGUACAUUUAGCCAAUCUAAAAGAUGUCCAUUACAUAGAAAGAAGUGGUUCUGAACAAUACCAUACAACUGAUCAUACCCCACCUGCGUUGGAAAAAAAAAUGAAGUAA